GAAGUGGCCAGCAGGUGGCGGUUCCCCCUCCACAACCUCUUUCCUUCGUGGGCCAACGAGGAUGACUCGCCGCAGUAUGGCGAGAUGACGCGCUCUGGCGCGUGGAAGGCAGAAAGCUGAAUUGGCCGUGUGUGGUGUGGAGUGUAGUACGUGUGUAGGUGGGUAGUAGGUGCUAUAUUUAGAAGAACACGUGGUCGUCUAAGAAUUGGCCGCGAACGCGCCAAGAACGAAACCUGUUCUCCACGAGCACCAACGAUCGGUAGCACUGUAGUGAGUGACGAUUGAAGAUAAGUAACGUUACGUCAGGGAGCCAAGUAGUUUGAUGUCAUGCUGCGGGUCACGAGAUAGUUCAAGAACAAACAGAGUUGUAUGGGGCGGCCACUAAGUGAUCUCGUUUUCUCCCAGUUUAUAAAAGUAUUGAAGUACAUAUUUAGUGUUAAAUAGAUAAUUACAAACUUAAAAGGCAAAAUGUCCUCGUGUUUUGUUACGAUAGCCCGUAAUUUAAAUAACGUUGCAAGUUCAAGAAAGUUUUUCGGUUCCUGUAAGAAACACGUUCGAUUGGCUUCUCAAUACUACCCAAUAACAGAAGACAUAUAUGGACUUACAAAUGAACAGAAAGAGCUGCGGCAAACUGUUUUUAAUUUCGUUCAAAAAGAACUAGCACCGAAAGCCGCUGAAAUAGACAAAAAUAAUGAUUUUCCUGGAUUGAGAGACUUUUGGAAGAAGCUUGGUGCCAUGGGCAUGUUAGGUGUGACAGUGUCCAGUGAUUAUGGUGGAUCUAAUAUGGGAUACUUGGACCAUUGUAUUAUCAUGGAGGAAUUAUCUCGUGCUGCAGGAGGAAUUGCAUUAAGUUACGGUGCACAUUCAAAUUUGUGUGUAAAUCAGAUUCAUAGAAAUGCAAAUGAAGAACAAAAGAAUAAGUAUCUUCCGAAGCUUUGUUCAGGAGAACAUAUAGGUGCAUUGGCAAUGUCGGAGCCAGGUUCUGGAUCAGAUGUAGUGUCAAUGAAACUUAAGGCAGAGAAAAAAGGAGAUUAUUAUGUCUUAAAUGGAAACAAAUUUUGGAUUACAAAUGGACCAGAUGCAGAUGUUUUAGUGGUCUACGCGAAAACUAAUCCAAAUGCAGACAAACCACAGUAUGGAAUUUCUACCUUUAUUAUAGAGAAAGGCAUGGAAGGCUUUGAAAGAGGUCAAAAAUUAGAUAAAUUAGGUAUGAGAGGCUCUAAUACAGGGGAAUUGAUUUUUACCGACUGUAAAGUGCCAGCAACCAAUUUGCUUGGUGAAGAAGGAAAAGGAGUUUAUAUUUUGAUGAGUGGAUUGGAUUUGGAACGGCUUAUUCUGAGUGGAGGACCCCUUGGGAUAAUGCAAGCUGCUUGUGAUACUGCAUUUGAAUAUGUUCACAUUCGAAAACAAUUCAAUCGGAGAAUUGGUGAAUUCCAAUUAUUACAGGGUAAGAUAGCUGACAUGUACACUAAAUUAAGUGCAUCUCGCUGUUACCUCUACAAUGUCGCUCGUGCUUGUGAUAACGGCCAUGUUCAUCGUAAAGACUGCGCUGGAGCAAUUCUGUAUAUCAGUGAAGCUGCCACUCAAGUCGCUUUGGAUGCUAUUCAGUGCUUGGGUGGAAAUGGAUAUAUCAAUGACUAUCCAACAGGUAGAUUUCUGAGAGAUGCAAAACUAUAUGAAAUUGGUGCAGGGACCAGUGAAAUUCGACGCCUUGUUGUGGGACGAUCAAUCAAUGCAGAAUAUUCAUAAGUCACCUUCUGAGAUGGAGUGCAGCAUCAUUUUGAUAUUUGGGGCCAGUGUAGUUCUUAGUUCUCUUUAAUAUUUUGAACUUUCUCUUUCCAGAUCUUGAAGCUUUUUUAUAGAUAUAUAUAUAUUUUUUUAUUGUAUAUUGUACUGCAUUGUAACUGCUUUGCACUGUCAAGGCGUAAUAAGACUGAAGAUAUGCUUAUUAGGAAUUUCUCUGAGUAAUGUAAGGCUUAUUCGCAAGAAACAAAGAGGCAAAUGAUGGCAAAUUAUAGGGUUUUUUUAACAAUACGAAUCAUCAUCAAUUCAUUUGAAUCAUGUCAUGGUUCAAAUAAAAGAAAAAUUAACUUUUAAGAAAUAAUGUGAAGAGAGGAGAAAGGUUUAUCCUUGUUUGCCUUGGUGACAAUUUCAUUAUGGUUGUGUUGUUUAGCAUUUUAGAAGUGCCUGAGAAGAAAAGUGUGAUUCUUGAAUGCUAUUCAAAGCAAUGAAUAGUUUAUUUUAUUCCAAUACCUAUCACCUUAGGACUCCCAAGAUGAUAGAUCAUGUUGCAUGUUAUAGGUGUAUUGUAGUAAACUGGCUCUGAAGUUAUCUUCAACUGAGUUGCUCAUAAAUUAGUACCUGAUUUUAUACCUCAUUAUGCUUGGAAUUUCCAUUAAUUUUUAUAUUAUGUUAUGGACAGAAGGUGUGUUUUUAUUUUAACUUGUUUUGUGGAACUUAUAAAGAUUGUAAGGAUGUGAAAGGUUAUAAGUUUAUGAUUGAUGUAUGAAAUGACUGAUGUGAGGGAAAUAUGCAGAGUAUUAUCUUUUGGAAUAAAAUCAGGGUUUUUUUGAAAACAAUUUGUAAGUUUUUAUUAAUGGCAUCAGGCAAGUUACUCGCUCUAAUAGUAGGAUGUACAAAGCUGUAAUUAGAGAAAAAGAACAACAUUCCUUUUCUUCAGAAAAAAUCUUGUUUAUAACAUUUCAUUCUUAAUGCAUGAUCUUAAAUCAUGUCAAACCAAAUGAACAUUCAUACCCAUGACAGGAACAUCAUUAGUACGUACAAUAAUUCAUGUGUGCCAAAAAGCUGUACAUAGCAUUCUGUGAUGAAAAAAAUAUUGUUAUAAGUAUAUAUAAACUGAGAUAGACAGAGCAUUUUCCUAUUCAGAAUUAAUAUGAAUAGGAAAUAUUAUUUUCUGACUAGAAAGUACACUCAAAGUGGUCUUAAAUAACCGUAUUUCAUUUGACAGAAGGAACAUAACGACAGUUUGACUAUUCUCAUUCAAAUAAUUAUGAACAAUGAAUUCAGUGAAUGAAAGAAUAACCAAUAUGAAUAAGUGAUCUUACAAACACACAAUCUAAAUAAACAAAGGUUUGCAGGAUUUGAUACCUAAACUAGUCUCAAUAGCACAAUAUAUUUGCAUGAUAAUUACAAGUGUGUGAACACAAUUGGAUGGUUGUUCCACAAAUUGUUUGUCGUUUCUGCUAAAGAUGCAAUGCAUAAAAGCAUAUGCCAGCCAGUCUCUGGGAGACAUCUUCUCUUCCCUUACGAUGGUUUCAGCCAUCAGGCCAAUAUGAUCUCUGUCUCUAAUAUUCGGAUUCUCCCAGCACAGCGUUCAUUAAACGCCUGAAACUGCCACUCUGUUGGAUGUUGUCUGCCGUAUUUCCAAGGGAAUUCACCUGAGAAAUUAUGAAAUGUAAGUAGAUGGAAUGUGUUUAUAUUCAUAUUAAAUAUUAUCAGUUAUCUGACAAAUCUACACUGAAUAACUACAUCUGUUUAGGAAUGUACUCACAUAAGUCUGAUGGGGUGCUGAAACUGGUUUCUGAAAAUGGACAUUCUUGUUGACUUGGGGUGUGAACACCUUCGGCUGUACUGGCUGCGACAUUUCCUGGACUUCUUCACCAAACUCAGAUUCUUUCAGGGCCUUGAAAGUUUCUGACUUGGAGGGGUCAUAGACGUAUGUCUUCUUCAAACUGUUUUGUCGAUUUAUUGGUCAGGAAAUAGUUUGUGGAUGUUAGAAAUACGUUCCAGUCAGUAGGAGAGGACAAAAUAUUUAUUAUUGGUAAUGAAGUCAUUACUUUCAUGAAAUGUUUUGAAUCAACAAGUAGAGAAAUUGCAAAUAAGGUGUACUCAAGUAAAAUAUAACAAAGAUAUAAAGAUUCAUGUCUCGUAUAAAAUGAAAACAAGUUAUUGCAAACAUGGAAGGUUAGUUUUCAAAUGGAUAUGCAAUCAUGAAAACAGAUAAAAAUCCGGAAUUGAUAUUGUUAGUAAAUCAGCAUUCAAAGAAAAGUGGAUUUAGUGUUUCCAAGGUGGUUGUGAUGGUCCCGGUUGUUGUGGAGGUUGGUUUUGAAGUUGUAUUUUUUGUUUUAGGAAAGAAAGAUCAAUAAAAAUACUACAAUUAAUGGUGCAGCAAGAGCUCUCUAGCAAAUAGAAUCUAUACAAUAGUUAAAAAUAAGUAGCAUGCAUUAUUUCUAUAAAAAAUUCUGAAAUACGUUUUAAACAUGGAAGUCUAUGAUCAAAAAAUUAAAAGCAUGAUAAAGAGCUUUACAUUACCAAUGGACUUCACAUCAUAAUUCUGCUCUGUUAGCUUUCUAGGUGUUACCUUAUUGUAACUGAAAUAAUUUUUGUUACUGAAACACAUUUAUAUAUCUUGCUUCUACUGAAUACCACAAGAUGUGUUUUUAAUUAUACUAGGAACUUGAAAUCAUAGAGUUUAAUUUAAUGUAUGAAAAAUUAAAAAAGCAGUUUGCUAAAGCAUAAAUAUUAAUUGUUGUAAGUAAAGUACAGAAUUAGCACAUGUCUACUAAUGAAAGCAUAGCAUCUGCAUUGAAAAUCUACAUUUGUGAUCUAACAACCCAAGGAGUGAAUGAACCUGAGGGCGUGCAGGCAGGCAGUUACAUUUACUAAGAUCACUGUUAUCCAAAAUUGGAUGGAUACAAUAUUGUAGGACACAUUGCAGUUGCACUCAAAGGUCUAAUUGAAAUAAAAAUUCUGAAAUGAACUUUCUUCAGUAUGGAUUGGCACCUGGUAAAAUGUGUAAUGUAUUGAAAGAAAGCAAUUAAUUCUCUACUUGCCUCACAGGGACUUGAUUUCGCCGGUCCAACGUGGAUGUUCGGGCUCUGCAGUUUUAUAAAAAGUAAAGAUAUUAAAACAUAUGCAUAGCAUACAUUUUUCAUGGACUUCCAUGCCAUUUUGAAUGUUUCAUUUAACUAACUUUAAGGUUUCAUUGGGCAUGUACCAGUUCAAAAGUUUCCAGCGGUUUUCAAGCUUUGAUAAUUACAGCUAAAAGAUAUCAUUUUAAAGUACAAAAUAGUUAAUAAGAUGUUGUGAACAUCUUGUAUAACACUUCAAUAAAUGAAAUAUUUUGAUAAAAAUGUGAAAACUACAAUAACAUUGUAUAGUAUAUAUGAAAAUAUAGUUCAACAUUUCUUAAUAAAAAAAAUAAAAUUUCUGUUCCAUUACGUAACAUGUGAAUAGUAAAUAUUGAAUGUUGGGUGGCCUCGUCCUUG